AUGCCGGGCUCAGGUCUCUCGCAAGGGGUUUCCGGGAUCAGUGGUGAAACGGCCUGCAUGGAGCUGGGGCCUUCGGCUCGCGGUGAAGAUCCGGGGGCGUUCGUGCCUGGCAGAGCGCACUGGUGCCCAGUGCUGUCUCUGGUUACUGCUGUCAACAGCUUUUCUCAUGAAGUUGAAAAUUUCCACUUAAGACAAGCUACCCAAAAGAAGAGCAUCCAGUGGCUAGAUUCUUAUCAAUUAGAUGGUCUACAUCCUCUACGGCGUACGAAAAGGACAUGGGUUAUUACCACCAUUGUUGUUCAAGAGGAGGAAAAAGGACCAUUCCCAAAAUAUGCUGGACAGCUGUUCAAUAACAAAUCAUUUAAUGCAUCAGUACGAUAUUUAAUCAGUGGACCUGGUGUAGAUGAACAUCCAGAGAUUGGAUUGUUUUCUAUAGAAGACGAUGCAAACGGACAUGUGUAUGUACAUCGUACCAUUGACAGAGAAAAGACCCCAUCUUUUCAGGUACGUUUUGAUAUCGUGCACAGAAAAAAUGCAGAACUAUUGGACCGACCUUUAUUUUUCAAGAUUAAGAUUAAAGACAUUAAUGAUAAUGCACCUGAGUUUUCCAAGGAAGAAUUUAACAUUACAAUAAGAGAGAACCACAGUAAAGAUGAACCAGUUUUCCAAGUUACUGCCUUGGACAAAGAUGAAGGAGGCACUGCUAAUUCUCAAGUCUCCUAUUCUCUAACUAUGCAAAUGCCCAUUCUAGAUGGAUUCGCAUUUGAUAUUGAUCCUGUCACAGGUGUGAUACUCCUGUCUGGAUGCCUGCAUUACGAGAUUGCUAGUUCUUUUAAACUUCUGGUUGAAGCCAGUGACCAUGGAGCUCCCAAGCAGUCAUCUACUGCAACAGUGAAUGUAGCUAUUGAAGAUGCAAACAACUACCUCCCUGUAUUUAUCAACGAUCAUUACCGGCUACAGAUUUUGGCAGGCCAAGAACAUCCAGCUGCAUUACGGCUCCAAGUGGAAGAUAAAGACUCUCCCAACACUCCAGCUUGGAGAGCAAAAUACAAUAUAACAAAAGGCAAUGAGAAGGAACAGUUUGCCAUCGUGACUGAUCCGGAAACAAACGAUGGCAUUUUGAGUAUCAUCAAGCCUCUCAGGUACGAAGAGAACUCUGAAAAGAGACUUGUCAUUUCUGUAGAAAAUGAAGAACCUUUCUUCUCCUGCAAAAAUGGCAAAGUGAUGAUCUCAAGCACAGAAUGCAUGAAUAUAACUGUGAACAUCAAGGUCUUACAAUCACAACAUACUCCUCAGUUUCAGCCUCCUAUACUUAUCGUCCAAAAAGAAGAUCCAAUGAAGCCCGGGAGAGUAUUUAGAAGAUAUCCUGCUACAUAUCCAGAUGAUGUACCAAGGAAGAUAAAAUAUGAACUAGCUCAUGACCCAGCUAGCUGGGUGAGUGUGGAUGAAAAUUCUGGAGUUCUUACUGUGGAAAAAGAAUUUGAUCCAGAAUCCCCUUAUGUGAACAACAGUGUGUACACCAUUAUCAUUCACGCUACUGAUGAAGGUAUUCCACCACAGACUGGUACUGGCACCAUCCUCCUUUACUUGUCCGACAUUAAUGAUCAUAUGCCAGCAUUAGUGACUCCUUCUUUAGAUGUGUGUGACCAAAAAGAAAGGAUACCUCUCAUUAUAAAAGCUAAGUCUGCUCUGGUCCAAGCAAAUUCUGAUCCAUUUACGUUUGAACUGGCUGAGGACUCUGAAGAUGUAAAGCAUAACUGGAAAUUAGGAAGGAAUUUUGGGGGGUCGGUUGAGCUUUUAAUGUUAAGAAGACUCCCACAUGGUAGUUAUUUGGUGCCGUUCAUUAUUCGGGAUAGGCAAGGAUUUUCUACAAGGCAGAAUCAGCACAUAAGGCUCUGCCUUUGCCCAGAUGGGCAUACAUGUGAAGAUUCACCACUUUCACAAGCAUCAGUGAGACUUGGAGGCAGCGCCAUUGCAGUAAUGAUGUCAGCUCUCCUAUUAUUCCUGGUUUCCAGUAUUCUACUUUGUCGGUUUUAUGCAUCAGGAUCCAAAGGUAAAGCCAGUCUUCCACCUCAGGGAGGUGAACAGACUUUAAUCACUUAUAAUGAAGAGAGCAGAAAGCCUUUAUCUCAGGCUAAGUUGGACACUAUAGGUCAUGCUGUUCUACUGCCUGUGUCUGCAGAAGUUGGAAAAGUGACUGUCAAGGAUGGCCUGUACGCUAGAUAUAAUGAGACCUCCCAAGUAAGAUACCCUGAUCACAUCCUACAGACAGUGGGCAAAAAACUUGAUCAGAAAUUGUAUGACCAAAGCAAAAUGGAAGAUGAUGGGCACAGCUACAAACCUUGCAGAUAUGCUGAAGAAGGAGAACUAGAGCGAAAUAGCUCCUCCUACUCUCUCUCUGUUGUCAGUGAGGAAUUGCCCAGGGAUUUUUUGCAAACUCUGGGGCCAAAGUUUUCUGCUCUGGAUGAAAUCUGCCAGAAGCCAUUUCUGUCAUUCAACUAAUUUCAAAAGGCCAUGACUAUUUAUGGUGUUACAAAGGCUUUUGGAAGAAGCACUGACAAAAUUUUAAGAAAAGAACCAUCCACACUUGACAGAUUUGCAGUAUGUUUGCACCACCAGUACCUGGCCUUUUAUUCUUCUUGGCUAUAAUGUCUGCAUGUCAGCAGCCAGGAAAAUGACAUGUGUAUGACCUAGCAUGAAAAGGAAAAAAAAAAAUCUACCAUGCUAGAAAUUGAAGCCACAGUUCCAUAUGGAAAUAAGACAACUUUGAAAAGAAAAGGCAAUUACUAGCUAGACCAGGGAUACAGUCCUUUCUCCAGGAAGUGGAUUCUUUACAUCCAAGGUGGCUUUCAAACAGAUUAGCUGUAGUGCAACCACGCAGAUCUGGCUGGCUGAUCAGAUCUUUUCUUUCCAUAUAAUCUUGACAAAUCUAAGAGAAAAUGCACUUCUACUCUUAACAAACUCGCAACUUCAUAAUGUCCCGAGAGGUCGCCCACCAUCCCUGCUUUACAGCAUAAAAUAGGCACCCAUGUAGUGCGUGCGCACUUAUGCUGGCAUCUGGUGGCUGUUAGUAUUAUUACACUAUUGUAAAUAACAUUAAAUUGUCCUAAGGAAAUGCAUGGGUCUCCUCAGGCGUCAUUGACAAAGUAGCUGACAUGAUAAAGAAAGGAUGGUAUCAGAUUUCUUUAUAUGGAAACCUCAGAUGUGUUACUUUUAAAUCGUGUGGUUUGUACAUGUCUGCAUGUGUGUAAUGGCCUAUGCUCAGUUAUAGCAUGAUGGCUAUCAAUGUUACAAUACAUGAAUGAGGAAGGAAUAACUCCAGAAGACAGUAUUCUGCCAUUACAUAAGUUUUAUAAACAACAAGAGAUGGAACUAGUCAGUCUUACUACUAUUCUAUUUUUGUGCUAAAGAAAAAUGUUCCACCUAAGGCCAGCACUAGGUCUGGUAUCUAAGGCUCUGUUCUUCUGUUUCAAAGUUUAAACAAUAAAUUUUACUUUUUCUCAGAUAUUAUUAACUAAUAAUUCAAGGCUAGAAACUUUCAAUCAAGUGUGAUUUAAAAAUCUGCCUGAAUUGCAAGGAGCUAAAUUUUUCUAAGUGCCAGCAGCCAGAUCUGUUUACACAAUAAAUCACUACUUUGAUAAACUGACCUUAACGUAUAAUACCAGAUGGAAGAGUUUAAAUCAGACCAGUGAUUUAGCAGCACUGUCAAUAACCAAGAUGCAAGUUUUAUUGCAAAUUAUAACCAUACAGGUAAGAUUAGAAUUGUGCUGUGUUUUGCUCUUUCCACUGAAAAUGAUGCCAGAUUAAAAAUAAUAAUGAGAGCAUUCUGUCUAUAGUUCACCACGCUCACAAACACCAAA